AUUGUCAAGAUAGUGAAUGACUCAACUGUUUCAUUAAAUUAAUAGUAGAAAGAGAAACAUUGUCCACAGAUACAAACUGUCAGACAGGAUUUGCUGCCAAGAUACUUUCUUGGUAGCACUCACUUGACAAGUGUAUAAUUGCCAUUUUGUAUGCAAUAGAUAUCAAAAAUGUUGCUCACAGUGAUCUGCAAUUUUUUGCUAAUCAAGUCAGCACUAUCAAGCGCGCUGCCGCUCACAUACACGGAGGAAAUCAAUGAUAUAACAGAUCUGGUCCUGGAGAGAACCCGACAGAUAGUAAGAAGCCACCAGCAGGAAGUCAUUCCGAUACAGGACCUUGACAUUACAUUUAAACCAGGAAUUGCCAAGCCCAGCGGUACAAUCAAGGCUAGAGAUGGUGGCUUCCGGGGACUAGACUCUAUUGAACGCGAAGGGAGAUGCAUUCCUGAUCCGCACGGACGACGAUGACAUGAAACUGGUGGCCCUCAUGAGAAUGUCUACAAUGUCGUACUUUUACAACAACUACAAUGUCAAUGUCAAUGGUACAGCACAGUCUGGCAGCCUCAAUGUCAUCAUCAAAGAGAACCUAGUCAAGAUGGACCUCCACCUGACGAUGGCAGAGGAAUGCACGUUCGAGCUGACCGAUCUCAACAUCAAGAUCGCCAACAAUUACACUGUACAGAUGUCACUCAUGGAGGUCCAGCCAGUCUUCUACCAGGAGCUGAUUAACUGGGCAUGCGAAACAUACCUGACCGUGAUCACAGACACAGUGCGCAAGGUUCUGUAUGAAAACAUCAAUCAAGCCCUCCAUGACUUGGAGAUUUGCCAUUUCAUUGUGUCGCCCAAUGGCUUGGCUGACCUCUUGCCAAAGAAACGUUUGGAUUUACCCUUCUUCUCAUUUAACUUGAAUUGACAAUAAUGUAAGAAUUUGUUAUCUUUAUUGAAAGACAUUAAUUUGUUUUUAUAAUAUAUUUAUGAAAAUUAAUGUUUACAUCUAAGAUAUUGUACUAUUUUGAAUUAUUCAUAUCUUUUACAUUCUUAAACACAAAGUUAAAUACUGUAAUUCUUGAAUUAAACAUAUCAUAAAACUACA